AUGGAAGAGAUGAGAGAGAGUCAUCCAUUAUUGAGAGGAGGGACCGAUGAAGAAGAAAAAGACAACAGUUUCAGCCAUGGUUUCUCAAAAUCUCAGAUCGAAGUUUUAUCUUCCAUCUGUGAGGCUUUUCUUCCUUCUUUGCCGGCGCCGUCGCCGUCGUCGGAGCAGCAGCAGCAGCAAGCCCUUGUCUCUUUCUACCAUUCUUCAGCAUCUCUUCCUCCUUUUCCCGAUAAGGUGGCAGAGAUUCUGGUGAAAAGGACAUUACCAGAAGGAUUGAUAUUGGUGAAAUUAGUGUUGUUGAUUUUGUCGACCAGAUUAGGAACGUUAUUUCUUUGUGGGUGGAAUUGCUUGGAUAAAGAUUGGCCUUUUAUUAAUAGAUUUUCUCGAAUUCAGUUGGAGAAAAGAGAGAAAAUUUUGCAGAGAUGGUCAACGGCUACUGGGUUUUUUCCGAUAAGGUUAACCUUUAGUAUUCUCAAGAUCUUGUCUCUCUUGGUGUUCUUCACUUGGAUAGAUAAGAACAUGAGAAAUCCUUCAUGGGAAGCAAUUGGAUAUAAGAUGAGCCCCAAACGCAACCCAAAGUCACCACCAAAAGAGGAAAUUUCUCUUGAAAAGGGAAUUGUAGAAACCAUUAAGGAAGACGACACAACCCUACUUCACUCUCUCACAAAAAAAGGCUUAAAUGUCACAAAAGACCCACAAGAAAACACCUACACAGUCAACUGCGAUGUUUUAGUCAUUGGCUCCGGCUGCGGCGGCGGUGUUGCAGCCGCCGUUUUAGCCAAUUCCGGCAAGAAAGUUGUCGUCUUGGAAAAAGGAAACUACUUUACCCCUGAAGACUAUUCCUCAAUAGAAGGUCCAUCAAUGUCAGAAUUGUUUGAAUCUGGUGGAGUUCUAUCAACAAUGGAUGCCCAAGUUAUGAUCAUGGCAGGAUCCACCGUCGGAGGAGGAUCCGCCGUAAAUUGGUCUGCUUCUAUCCGUACACCGGAUUACGUUCUCCGUGAUUGGGCUGUUAAUCAGAAGAUAAGCAUGUACGGAAGUUCGAGUUACCAAUCUGCAAUGGAUAUUGUCUGCAAGAGGAUUGGAGUUACAGAAGAUUGCAUCAAGGAAGGAUUUCAGAAUCAAAUUCUACGAAAAGGGUGCGAGAAUCUUGGAAUGGAUGUGGAAUUCGUGCCGAGAAAUUCCUCAAAUGAUCAUUAUUGCGGGUCGUGUUCUUUUGGGUGUAAAACAGGGGAUAAGAAAGGUACCCAAUUGACUUGGCUAGUUGAUGCAGUUAAAAACAGUGCUGUUAUCAUAACAGGAUGCAAAGCAGAGAACUUGAUAAUGGAGAAUGACAGUUCAAGUUCCCGAAAGAGAUGUUUGGGAGUGACAACCUCAAUCUUAAACAAGAACAUAACAAAAAAACUUCAAAUUCAUGCGACAGUCACAAUUUCAUCAGGUGGGUCUCUUUUAACUCCUCCCCUUUUAAUCCGUAGCGGUCUGAAGAACAAACACAUAGGUACAAAUCUCCAUCUCCACCCUGUAGCAGUUGGAUGGGGAUACUUCCCUGAAUCCAAAACAGAGUUUUCCGGCAGCAGCUACGAAGGAGGGAUCAUAACCUCAAUGCACAGGGUAAUAAACCCAGUUGAUUCAAGUGUCCGUGCCAUUAUCCAAACACCUGGUAUCGGACCUGGUUCAUUCGCAGCCUUCUCUCCAUGGACAUCAGGUUCGGCCAUCAAAGACAGAUUAACAAGAUUCUCAAGAACAGCCAAUAUCUUCGCUCUAGUUCGAGACCAAGGAUCCGGUGAAGUAAAGAUAGAGAAGAAGAUAAAAUACAAGUUCCAUGAAACCGAUAAGGAGAAUUUGAAGGUGGGUUUGAGGGAAGCGCUGCGGAUAUUGAUUGCAGCCGGGGCAGAGGAGGUGGGGACUCUUAGGAAUGAUGGGCAAAGGAUUAAUUGUAAAGGUAUAAAGGAGGAAGAGAUAGAGGAGUUUUUGGAUAAUGUAAAGUUUGAUGGUGGACCGAGAUCGAAUGGAGAGAAAUGGUGUAUUUAUGGUUCUGCACAUCAAAUGGGAAGUUGUAGAAUGGGAGUUAGUGAAGAAGAUGGUGCGGUUGAUGAGAAUGGUGAAAGUUGGGAAGCUAAGGGCUUGUUUGUUUGUGAUGGAAGUGUUUUACCUAGUGCUAUUGGGAUGAAUCCAAUGGUGACUAUUGAAUCUACUGCUUAUUGCAUCUCAACCAGAAUUGCAGAGUCCAUGAAGAAGAAGAAGAUAGAGAUUUAGUUUACUUAAUUAGUUCAUCAUUAGCAUUAUUAUUAGUAUUCUAUUAUUUAUAAUUCUCUCCCACUGCAUUUCAUUCCCUUAUAUUAUGUAUUUAAUGAAUAAGAUGGCAAUUUACUU